CCUCACUCCCUCUUUUUCUUUUUCUUUCUCUUUCUGAUUUACCCACACAGCCACAGAGACACUUCCAAGUUACAACUCUUGAAGCUAUGGAGAUUGCUGCCACCGCAGCUUCCACCUUCUCCCUCAACAGACCCACUCUCCCCUUUCCAUCUUCUUCUAGAAUCCAUCCCCCCAUCAGAGCCCUCAACUCCUCUUCCUCCGCAGCCCUCAGAGCCUCUCUCUCUACCAAUUUUGUUGCCCCUUUCGCCACCUCCGCCAGCAGCGCCUCCAGCCCCUUCGCCGGCCACAAGCUACGCCCUUCUUCUCUCAAUCCGGCGUCGUUUCGUGGCACCAAGGGUAAACGAGGCGUCGUUACUAUGGUUAUUCCGUUCUCUAGAGGAAGUGCAUGGGAGCAACCUCCACCAGACUUAGCUUCCUACUUAUACAAAAAUCGAAUUGUUUAUUUGGGCAUGUCUCUUGUUCCAUCUGUUACAGAGUUAAUACUAGCUGAAUUUCUUUACCUUCAGUAUGAAGAUGAGCAAAAGCCUAUUUACCUAUACAUAAACUCCACUGGGACAACUAAGGGAGGUGAGAAGUUGGGUUAUGAGACCGAAGCAUUUGCAAUUUAUGAUGUGAUGAGGUAUGUCAAGCCUCCUAUAUUUACCCUUUGUGUUGGUAAUGCUUGGGGAGAAGCAGCUUUGCUUUUGGCUUCUGGUGCAAAGGGAAACCGUUCUGCUUUGCCAUCAUCAACAAUAAUGAUAAGACAGCCAAUAGCAAGGUUUCAAGGACAAGCAACGGAUGUUAACCUUGCAAGAAAAGAAGUCAAUAAUGUGAAGACAGAAUUGGUUAAAUUAUAUGCAAAGCAUAUUGAAAAAACACCUGAGCAGAUUGAAGCUGAUAUUCAGCGCCCAAAGUAUUUUAGUCCAAGUGAAGCUGUUGAAUAUGGUAUCAUAGAUAAGGUAUUAUACAAUGAUAGAAGCACCGAGGAUCAUGGAGUUGUUUCUGACCUCAAAAAGGCACAGCUUAUUUAGCUGUUUGAGAGGUUGAAUCGCUAGUUGUUAGUGUUUUUCAGACAAUGGAGACUGGGAAAUGUAAAUCAGCUCAAAUGGAAGACGUAGAAGACCAGAAGCCGUGAUCUGAAACCAUGCCAUGCCAAACCCUUGUCCAAGCAAGAAGCAACUAGUAGAAAUCAAAAUCUAGGUGUUAAUACCGUUAAAUUAUUUUUGCCUCCCCCCAACAAGAGGCAUUGAUGUCUAUUUCUGUCUACAUUGUAAUAUGUUGUGCGUGAUUGUAUUCCGGUUAAUUUUAUUCUAAAUUUUAUAAAGUUUUGCUGCCAAAACUAGAAUUAAUGAAAGUUGGAAUAAGCUAGUGUAUGAAUCAGCUUAUUUUCAGCCCAAAAACUAUGUAAAUGUACUCGUUAGAUUAGAUAGUUCAUUUAAUGCUUGGUUGCUAAACAUAUAAUUUAAUAUUAAAAAACGUUAUCUGGUAGACACUUAUA